AUGCUUUCCUGCUGGACCACUCUGCGGCGGUACCGGCAUUUCCGCUGUUCCACUGUCAUCCUGGCAGCAAGGCAAAAGGUUGACACAAAGCAGUUGUCCAAAUCCACUGGCAUUCAUCAAACUAAACACAGCAUCAACGCCGCCGCCGCCACCAACGCCGCCGCCACUAUCCAUAGCCACCCAGUUGACGAGUCCCGGCCGAACUGGAGGCUGUUGACCUCCACCUCGGGCAGCAUUGGGCUUUUCCCAACGGUCAUCUCAACCUUUGUCGCUUCGUCCUGA